GGCAUCAAGCAGUAAUUCGCUCCAACACAUUGAUCCCAUUCUCCUUCACUCCAUUUGAACACCUCCUUCGAUCUUAUUUUCUCCCUUUGUGUUCCUUUUGUCUUUGAUCCUUUCACCAACAAACCAGUCAAUUCAUCUUUUGUUAGGACCAACCCGAAGUUAAAAGAGAAAUCAGGGAGAAGGAGGAGGUGAUCAGGUGACAUGAGUGGUAACGUAAGUCCAAGUCUGAGUGUCGGGGGAGGAAGUGGAAGUGUCGGUGGUGGUGUAGGAGGAGGAGGAGCAGGAGGUGGUGGAGGCUUCGGCGGAGGAGGUGGCGGUGGACUUGGACCCUGCGGGGCGUGCAAGUUUCUGAGGAGGAAGUGCUUGGCGGGGUGCAUAUUCGCGCCUUACUUCGAUGCCGAGCAAGGCGCGGCGCGCUUCGCGGCGGUGCACAAGGUGUUCGGUGCCAGCAACGCUUCGAAGCUCCUCCUACACAUCCCUGCCCACAAGCGGCACGACGCUGUCAUUACUAUCUGCUACGAGGCCCAGGCACGGCUCCGCGACCCCGUCUACGGUUGCGUUGCUCACAUCUUCGCCCUCCAACAACAGGUUGUCAGCCUGCAGGCAGAGCUGUCCUACUUACAAGCCCACCUAGCCACGUUGGAGCUGCCGUCCCCUCCGCCACCGCCCCCACCACCGUCGCUCCUCGCACCGACACCGUUCUCAACAUCAGACCUGACAUCGGCGUCGAGCCUCCCCUCCACCGGCGAUCUCUCGACAAUGUUCGACCCUCAGGUGCAGCCAGAAUGGCCUCUUCAGCAGCAGCAGCAGAGACCACCCACAGAGCUCCGGCCACAGCUCAGCAACAGGGCAAGGAACGUGUUGGGGAACCCCGGAUGUGGAGGCGGCGAUCUCCAAGCAUUAGCAAGGGAGCUCCUCGAUAGGCACCGGUCGACCACCAGCGAGCCGCCUCCCAUCUCAAAGUAACAAUAUAGAUUGACUGAAGUCUACUCGUUUAUUCAAGACCGUAUAAUUCUCAGAGGUGGAAGGUGACAGGCGUUGCACAGAUCCAGGAGAUGUGCUUCCUAACCAGGGAUCAAGCAUCAAAUUUAAUUUAUAUGAGUCGUCUUAG